GCAUUUGGUUGGUUACUUCUGCAGCUUUAGAUGGAGCACAUGAGGUUAACAAUGACACCAGACUCAGCUGCUGGAUAGCUUGCUGUCGGACAAUGUCAGAGAGUGGAAUGAAGCAAAGGUCAACAUUUUCUCUUACAUACGAACCACAGCAUGUAGCAUUUUAACUACCUUGUCAUCACCCUGUUACAUGGUUCAUUCUCAGUGUUUCAGUCUUCUCUGGCAUGGAGAAGCAGAGGAGUUGAGGGGAAACCCGAGUUUGAUGUUUUCAACUCAAACAGUUGGGUUUUUACAUUUUGUUUCAUUUUAAACAGGAAAUUGGGAGUUCACCCCUAAAACGAAUCCUUGCAUGCUGAAUUGACACAACAAAAAAGGCUACACUCUGUAUCACAGUGUGGUUCACAAACCAACCGACACAAUGGUAGAAGAUGAUGCAGCAGGAAGUGGAGACAGAUUAGAGGGCGAGAAAGAGCUGGAUCUGAAAGUGCUUGCAUCUGAAGACACUGAUGGCCACGUAGAAGACGGAGAAGUAGAGAUGGCUGUCUCUGCUUCUGAGGCCCCGUCUCUCGCCGAAGGUCUCCCAGUGGAAGCCGAGCAGCCCAGAAAGUGGAAGUGGGCCGUGAUAUUCUUGUGUUUCUAUGGAUUUAUGUCAUCGAUAAAGCCUGGGGAGCCGUUCAUUACACCGUAUCUGCUCAGCUCUGAGAAGAACUUCACCAGGAAAGAGGUGACCAAUGAGAUCACUCCUGUGCUGACGUAUUCCUACAUGGUCGUGCUGGUGCCGGCCUUCCUGCUGACUGAUCUUCUGCGCUACAAGCCAGUCCUGAUUAUCCAGGGCAUCAGUCAGGUGGUCAUUUGGCUCAUUCUGCUGCUGGGCACCACCCUCUUUGAGAUGCAGAUGAUGGAGUUCUUCUAUGGUAUCACCAUGGCCUGCCGCGUUGCCUACUCCUCCUACAUUUUCUCCCUGGUCAGCCCGGUCCUCUACCAGCGAGUGGCCGGAUACUCGCGCACCUCAGUCCUCUUGGGGGUGUUCACCAGCUCGGUGCUGGGUCAGCUCUGCAUGUCUCUGGGCAACGUCAGCUUCUACACCCUCAACGCCAUAUCUUUGGGUUUCGUCAGCUUUGGUCUGCUGCUCGCAUUGUGCCUGCCGUGGCCUAAACGCUCCCUGUUUUUCAACCAGAUGCGGAAUCAGGAGAGAAAGGAACUGGCUGCCUUGGAAGCUACCAAAUCAGAACUGGACAAAAUGAAGCCGAAAGAGAGUGAGGCGUCCUCUGCCGCCCCCCCGUGCUCUUCAUCACGCUGGAAGGAUUCUAUCUUUGUGCAGAUGCUGCUGGAGGUGAGAAACGUGACCCGGAGGCCAAACCUGAGGCUCUGGUCCUUGUGGUGGGUGUUCAACUCCACCGGGUACUACCUGGUGUUGUUCUACGUCCACAUCUUGUGGAACAAAGUCUACCCAGCCACUGAGAACAAGGAUGUUUACAACGGGGGAGUGGAAGCAGCUUCUACCUUACUGAGUGCAAUCACUUCCUUCAUGGCGGGCUAUGUUAAAAUCCGGUGGAACGUCUGGUCUGAGCUGGUGAUUGGUAUUAUCACAGCGUUGCAAGCGGGUCUGCUGCUCCUCAUGGGCACCACAGAUAACAUUUGGGUCUGCUACACCGCCUACGUCCUCUUCAGAGGCUUCUACCAGUUCCUGGUGCCCAUUGCAACUUUCCAGAUAGCCUCAUCACUCACCAAGGAGCUGUGUGCGCUGGUGUUUGGCAUCAACACUUUCUUGGGGACAAUUCUGAAGAGCAUCAUCAGCCUGAUAUUUUCUGACAAGAGGGGCCUGGCAUUGGAUGUGCACUCUCAGUUCCUGGUGUACUUCAUUUACUUCACCAUUCUUACCGUCGUCUACUUUGUCUGUGCUGCUGUGGUCAUCUUCCGUCACUAUAGAAACCAGCCCAGGGAAGGAGGCGGGGCCAAGGACCAGGCCACGCCCACAGAGCUCAGUCCUGUGGCAGUAAAUUCGGAGGCAGAACCUUUGUCUAACGGCAAAAGUGCCAAAGCGUAACGUCAAGAAACGUUUCUCGCCUUACACCAUUUUCCAUCCACAUGUUAUCUUUAUCUAGACCCAAGUGUUCGUUAAUAUGCUCCUCAGACUCAGAGGGAUCAAGCCUUUGUAACGCUCUGUUGUUGAUACAGAAGCUCGUUCAGUGUUCGCUGCUGAGCCUUAAUUACAGAAGUGCCUCAUCUGCUCGACACGAGCUUGACAGGUUGCAGGCAUCUUGUGUCUGACGUCUUGGGAGAGUUUUGUUUUUGUUUUUGAGGAUCAGAUGUGAUUUGUUGUAAGUGGGAAGGUGAUAAAAUCCUACUUUUUAUUCAGUGGAACGCAAUAAGUGGCACUAUGCUUCAGUAUUGUGGAAAAUCAUCUUAUAUACAGCAAGGGACCAUUAAUGUAAUGGCCAAAAGCUUUUUUUUUUGUAUGUUGUAUAUGAGAAUUUGCAGGUUUAACACGGUAAACUGUCAGUGGUUUGCCCUUCAAUCAAAGGUUCACACUAAAAAUGACUUAAGAAUAUGCUGCAUUUUCUGACUACACUAUUGUCAUCGACACUCCUCUUGCACUUAAUGUUACAAUUACUGUGAGUUAGUGCCAUUUGAAAAGAUAUCCACCCCAUAAAUAUAAUUGCUUUUUUUCUUGAUAAUCCUAUUUUCACAUCACAUUGUUGAAAAAUCAGAAUCAGAUGAUGAAUGAGCCUUUGUAUCAAUUUAUUAUUUGAAGCUGUAAACUGCAGAUUGGAUGUGAUUUUAAUAUUUAAGUGAUUUCAUUGUUGCUGUUAUUGUUAAAGUUGCUCUUUGAAGACCAUUUGUAAUGUAGAAGCAGCAGCAUCAGGGUAUUUGAAAUUAUUAUAUUUCAGACUUUGAAACAGGCAACAGAAUGUGUUAAUGUUUAUUACCGCACAAAUAUAUGCUUAUUUGACUAUUAUUCCAAAUACACAUCACUGAAUUUGGUUAUUUAACUAUGCUGUAUUUCUAUUUUUAUCUAAAUUUUGUCAAUAUCUCAGUCAGAAGUUUUGCUGCUAAUUCUCUGCCUGUUGGUGUGAGUUUGUCUGAGUGCCAACCAAACACCAAGAAGGGCUCCGACCCCAAAAACCAGGUCUUCAUUUUGGGUCAAAACACAGCUGCUUGUAUAUUCAUCAAAAGACUGCAGGAAUCACUGUGGAAAAUAUAGGAAUGCAGUGUUUAUUGAUGCAACAGGUUCAACAUUCAGUAGGUUUUUAAAAAAUGCCCAUGAAGUUUCUUCCACAGCAACAGUAGACAAGUCUAAAGAUAUAGAGGUAUAUCUUCGACUAGUAGUUUCUGUUUGUCAUGUUAACAGAGUUUUGAGUUGGAUUACAUUCAGAAUGUAUAGAUAUGUUUUUUUUUUAAUUGUGAUUGAAAUAGUUGCUGAUAAAUAGUGUAACUGUGAACCUGUCUGAAUGCUGUACAAGAGGAAAAUUGACCUUAAUCAGAUGUUUAUUUUGUAUUCACAAAUAAAUUACCUUUGGUGGAUAAAAAGCU